GGAUUUGGACGGAAGCUGAACUUUGUUAAAAAGGGGUUCGUUCUGUGACCAUUUUUGUGUCAUACCGUAUACCGGUCAGCUCUCUAUUAUGCUCGCGUGCUGCGCCCGCGUCGCUGCGUGUUUAGUUGCGUUCGCUGCUCGCUCAAGAAUAGCCGCUGCGAUGGAUCCUUUUCCCACUGGACUACUAUCGGAUUAAUUCGUUAGUCGUAAACGGCCAGCGGGUUAUGAUACCUUCGCCACAUCGACCUCUUGAUUAGUGACGUGCGCGUGUAUCGACCAGUUGACGAUUCUAAUAUAUGCCUCAGUAUUCAGCUUAACAGUUCGACGUAAACUUGUGUGUAUUGCCAUUUGCCCGCUUACAUCGUUAUCAGUCCGUGCUUACAAAUGAAGAUAACAUGGAGUCUUGAUAACAUUAAAGCCGCAAAUUGAGGCGCCGAUGUUUAAUAAAAAUUAGCAAGCGUAAGAGAUACAACGUGUCUACAAUCUCUGGAUUUAUGGUGCGCGGAUAAGUAGGGGCAUUUUGUUUGCUUGAGUUAUUUUAAUGUACAUUGAGUGGGGUUCCCGUUUGAUCCGCGUGCAUAUGACUGAUGCCUGUAGCGUCUGCGCCGGUGCAAGUGUAGCGGCGGGCCUAUUUUAGUACCACGGAAAUAAGAGCGGCAAAAGGAGCAAAACCGUCUGACUGAAAAACUCGAGGUCGUGGUGUGGGGUGUAUUUCUGUCUGUUGUGAUCCGAUGUCUAUAACAGUUGCUUGUGUAAUUAGUGCAGUGUUAUAACAAAUGGGGAAAAUGAAGAAAAGGACGAUAUCGACACUCAAAGCGAUAUUUGGCUCGAAGAAAGGCAAGCGGCACCAUUCUUCGAAGUCUUCACGUUCGGUGACGCCGGACCCGCCCACGCCGAACACGCCAAGCAGCGUAGAGUCCUUCCGGCCGAUACCGCGCACGCCGCCGCCGGCUCGUGUGGGGCCCCCGCCGUCCCCCCCGGUCCCCACUCGCCCCAUAGCCCCCGUGGCCCCAGAGCCCUCAGGCCCCGUCAGGCUAAUCCCCUGCGCGGUAUGCGGGAGGACCUUCGUGCCGGAGUCACUCGCCAAACAUGUCAAAAUAUGCGAGAAGACGGCCGCCAAGAAAAGGAAAACGUUCGACUCUUCCCGACAGAGACGCGAAGGGCUGCCAGCGGCGAAUGGUGUUAAUACCGGUACGGAUUUGGAGCAAUACUUGCCAAAGAACUUUGGGUUGCCUGAGAACAGUCCAUUUUUGGAAAAGAGUCCGCCGAACACUGCCAAAGCGGCGCCGAAGGCAAAACCGCAGUCUGUCAGGACUACUGUCAUGAAGCCGGCAGCCGACCUACAGAAGUGCCCGCACUGCAGCCGCGCGUUCGGCGUGCGCGCCUUCGAGCGGCACGUGGAGUGGUGCGCCGACAAGGCCAAGAUCCUCCCCGCCGCGCCCGUACAACCGCCGCACAUCACCGACGCGAAGCAGAGGCUUAAUGCUCGCACUAAGUACAAAGCGCCGCUUGCGAGAGGGAGACGGUCGUCCCAGAGCCGCGACAAGUCGUCGCAGAGCCGCUCGGCGUCCGUGGAGUCGUCGCGCGGCGCGUCGCCGCCGCCGCCGCGCGACUGCGGCGACGGCCGACGGCGCGCCAGGGCUUCAGAAUCCAUGUCGAGCAAUGAUUGUAAUGACGAACCGUCACCGCACGUGCCAGUUAUUAGGAACACUAGAAACUCUCAAAAUAAUUCUUCGGGCGAUGCCAACGUUAAAGCGCGGCAAGCUAGAUUGGCAAGAGAUCUUAGCAGCUCCAGAAAAGAACCCAAUCUUCCUAAAAUCCAACAAGAAAUCACCGAUCCUAAUCCGAAAAAGCCUCAAAAUAAAAUUAAACAUCCUGGAAUUAUUAAAAAAGAGCAGAAAUUAAAGAAGCUGGAAGAAAUUGCAAAUAAAUAUAAUGAACAACAAGCGAAAGCUGCUGAGGAAAAAGAAGAAGAGAAUAAGAAACGGAAAGAGAAGAGACAAAUACCGAUCCUGAAGAGGGUCGUUAACAAGAAUGUAAAACCUAAAAAUGAAAUAACUGAACCUAUUGAAAAAUCAGAGCCUUCCAAAGUAACACAGAAACCUGUAAGAAAACCUAACGCUAAAGCUAAACCCACUAUUUUAAAGUCCGCGGAAGUAACGCAGACAGACAGAAAUAAAGAAAAAAAUACUAAAAAUAAAACAAGGAGGGAUACAGUAUCACUACCUAAAGAGAAUAGCAUGAGCGUUGAUAGUUUAGACGACUGUGUUACUAUAAAUCCUGCGGGAAAUACUAAAUUUUCUCAAACAGUCGGCAUCAACACAGAACUUUUUUGUGUUCCAUGUGUUAUCCACGAAAAUGUAGAUGUUAAGUCUCAAAGUUGUAAUAAUAAAAAUAGAAUAACGCUUGUUGAAAGUGCCCGGAAAGCCAAAAAUAAUGUAACCGAUAACACAGUAGAACUCCUGUAUAAAAAUUCAACAAUUGAUAGCUCGUAUAACACUCAAGCUACAACAAGUUCUACAACAACAACAAUUAAUAAAUCUGAUAAUUAUACGCCAGAAAUUUUAAAUGAUGCAUGCAAAGUGGAAAAAGAUGAGGUUGAUGAAAGUGACAAUUAUUUCUCGGUUAACUUUCUUUCUAAAUCAGAACCGAUUGAUUCAUUAAAAGUUUUAGAGGAUGAUGAAAACGGAAAAGAAAUGUUUGAUCUGUCUGGUGACCAUUUUGAAGAUAGCUUUGAACAUGGCAGUGGCGAUAAUUUAGACAAUUCUGAUGGAACUAAAUAUGAAGAAGAGAAUAAUACUGAAAAUAAUCAAUCCGGACGCAGGCAUGGGAGUGGCGAUACAUACACAAAAUUCACACAAAAUCCAGGAGAUUUAGAUGAGUUUAUGCAUUUAACCGAUGAAAUGAUAAAUUCCCAAAAUCAGAUGGAGCUCGAUUUGGCAGAACAUAUCGACAAUUUACAUACACCAAGAACUGUCUCACUGGAAACACUAAACGAUAAAAAUUUGGACAAUGCAGAUGAUUCAGACAAAAAGAAACAAUUCUCUGACACUUUUGAAGACUUAAAACUUGAUUUGAAACAAUUGUUACAAAGAGCCGGCGACACCGUUAGAAAUACCGCAAAACAAACUGACCGACAAUCGGAUAGAAAAGAGAACCAAGAUGUUUCUGACAUGGAACAUAUCACAGUUUAUGGUUUAAAAUACUAUGAACAGCAGCAAAAUAAAAAAAAUAGUAGUGACGAUGAGGAUUCCACAUUAAAAUUGCCUUCCAUAACGGUGACGAAUAAACCUGAACCAAAAGUAGCUUGCACAAAGAAAAGAAUGCAAAAGAUCUUUAAAUCUAAUAGAAAAUAUAUCCUACUACGUGAGCAAAGUCGAGACAAUGCAGACAACAGAACCUUCAUAGUUGCAGAGAACGUACGUGAUAGCGACGAUCAAUCUAUAUCUACUGAGGCGCCGCCAUUAAAGUUGCCAAGGAUAGAAAGCGCAAGCAGUAACAAUGUCGUGAGCGAAAACCUCUUCCCAUCCUCCGUCAAACGUUCCACUUCCCUCCUCGACUCCAUCCACAAGAAGGUCUCGAAAACGGAAAGCGGGAACACGCGACACAAAUCUGAUCAACUCGAACAAGACAUUAUGCAAUCCUUGAAAGAGUUCGACAAGUUCUACGAAUCCGAGAAGAACCAAAUGAACCAAUCGAACAAAGAUGUCAUUAAUUACAAUGCGUAUGUACACAACGGGACGGAAAAGGAAUCGCGAAGUAAAACGCAGCGGAAAAGCGCGAAAUCCGAGAGCCAUUCCAACGGGAACUACACGCCAAAUGGGAAAUCCAGCAACGACUCGGCUUAUAGCAGGUUAGUCAGCUUAAAUAGAAUAUCUCCUUCGAAACUAACGGUAUGUCCGAAGGAGUCAAACGGUCCGUCAUCGUUGGAGCGAAUACCGGCGGGCUCGGACUCCAGUGGGAGUCCAAAAGACGAAAUACGCUCCGUCUCCAGCGAGGAGUUCUUAGCGAUGGAGCGGUCGGCGGAGCUGGAUGAGCCCAUACCGCCGCCGGAACAUGCGCCGUACAAAGAAGUCGAAAACCAGGGCCAUGAGAAGCGUGUAAGCUCCCGUGCGUCGUCGCGGCGCGGGUCGUGGCGGCCGCGCGCCGAGCUGAGCUCGAGCAGCUCGGAGGUGUCGCUGCACAAGGCGCCGGCGCGGCUGUCGCGCUUCUGCCACGAGUGCGGCAGCCGCUUCCCCGUCGACACCGCCAAGUUCUGCAUCGAGUGCGGCGUCAAGCGGCUCGCCGUCUAGCGCGGGCCACGCCGAGCCGGAGCGGCUCAUGUCAAGUGAAACGCUGUCCUGUGCUCCGCGCCGGGUGUCAUCUAGUCGUUAGUAGUAGCCGGGUGUGAUAAGCUUUGCGUUUUGAGUAGUGCGGGCGGCUUUUUCGUUUUUAAGGUUCCGGUUGUGCUCAUUCUGCUCGGGCUAUUGUGUAGCUGACGAAAUACUGCCGGUAUUGAUAUGAAACUGUGCAUCGAUGAGCAGAAUUUGCAUUAUACGAUAUGUAUUCUUUUUUAGUUUCGAAGACAUGUUUUGAUGUCUGACGAAAUUGACCCUCUUUAAAGAUUGCUCGUAUUGCAAUCAUGAGAUGCACGGAGCUAUGUAUUUUACAUAAUUUAUCAUUAUUGACUCUUACGAAUCUGGUAGUAUUUGAAAAUCAUGAGAUCUGAAAUAAUGUAACGGUCUAAUAAAAUAAUUAUGUAAUACAAUGAUAUGAAGAGAAAACAUAUACAUAGUUAAUUUUUACUAUGUAAACCGCUGUCAACAGGACCAAACUGUGAAAUGUUUUAGCCUUAAAUCAUUUUUAUGAAGGAUAACAAUUUUCUAUUCAGUAGGACUUAAAGACUACUAGUUCGUGUCAUCAACGUUGGCGCGCAGAUUUGUCAAAUCUUACUUUUUAUAACAUGAUAUUAAGAGUCAAAGCAUGCGUCUUCGUGAAUUACACGAUCUAUACUACUUUUUCUCUUUUGAAAUGUUUGUUACCGAAUUCCUUCACUAAUUUGUGCCUUCCCAUGUAGCUAGAUUAAAAAUAAAUUAAUAUAUUGUUCGAUACCGUUACUAAGUUCUGUUGAUAUUUCCUUUAUUUUAGUUGAAGUUUUUUUUUUAAUUCCAACAAAUGCCAAAAUGACCAGUGGAAGCUUUGAAAUGCAAAAUGUCUGUGAUAUGCGGAAACAAAUUGGUAAAUCGGUUCUCGUCCGCGCAUGGAAUAAAUCUUAAUUUUAAGUACCAAUUUCAUCCUUGGAUUUUGAAUGGAAUUUUUUUGUGUGCAUUUUUAUGUUUUGCGAUCGUUAGCCAACGCUAUUUUAUUUUUUUAUUAUUAUUUGUGAAUGCCCUUCUAAGGAUUUCCACUAAUGUCUACAGACUACAACAUAGUUGGCCAUUUUAACAAGACUGAUUUUACUUUCAAAGUUUUCGAACUAUGAAUAAUCCUUAGUUACUGUUGUAUAUUAUGUUUUAAUAAAAUAACAAUUUAUCAUGUAAUAAAUUAACAUUUCAAUAAA